ACCUUCUUAGGUCUCCUGCUUCCCCUCCCCUUCGCUCCCGCCUUCCACUUAUUCAUACAAGAAGCGCCUCAGCUUUCAUUGGCCAGUGCGUGGUGACAUCUUAACCAAUCACAAACCAGACUGUGCUCCUACAGUACCCAGAGCGCGAAUCGUGAAGAGACCUUGGCUACGAUUGGUCACUGCGUGAUAAGGUUUUAAUUUUGAAUUGUUCUACAUGGCGAGGGAGAGGCCACUACCCGGACUCCAUCUAAUCCCGAGCUCUUAGACUAAGACUUUCCUAAAGUGAUUCAUGAUCUUUGGCUGUUGUAUGUCAGAGGAAGUCACAAAAAAAAAAAAAAAUUGGAAGCUCAAAGUACAGGAGGUGGAUAUUAUCAACUUGUGUGAUACCACAGUGGAAAUCAUGCCCAAGUUCAAGCAACGAAGAAGAAAGCUAAAAGCCAAAGCCAAAAGAUUAUUCAAAAAGAGAGAAGUCUCUCACUUUCAGCCCAAGCUAAUUAUACCUCCUCCUCAGCUACCCUCACCAGAAAGAGUGGUUACUCCUUCAGCAGAUAUACCCCUUAGCAGAAGCUGGCUAAGAUCAUCCUGGAACUUCAAAUUUCCCAAUAUCAAAGAUACAGUAAAACUUUGGACAAAUAGACUGUGGUCUGUAUACAACUGGUGCCAGAACUGCAUGGCCCAGAGUUUAGAAGUAUUGAAAGACACCAUCUUUCCAUCCCGUUUCUGCCACCGAGAACUUCACAGUCUGAAACAACGGUUUUGCAUUUUGGAAAAUCAAUUCUGCAAGCUCCAGGAAACUCUGAAGGCUAUCUUGGAAAAUUCUUCCUGCCCAAACUGUGGUCAGACAUGUCACAUAAGUGGUAAACUUACAAAUGUGCCUGCCUGUGCUCCAACCACCCCUGGAGAAUCUAGAGCUGUACUUCCUCCCACGCUGCCACAGCCAGCCACCCAUCUUCCUCCUCUUCCACCUCCGCCUCCACCCCCUCCACCUCCUCCUCUACCUCCACCUCCACCACCUAUAGCACCUUUGCUGCUCAGAAAAUCCAGUCGCACUAAAGCACUUCAGGCUGGACCAUUAAAAAAAGAUGGACCCAUGCAAAUAACAGUUGAAGAUCUACUGACUGUGAAAUUAAAGAAGACACAGUGUUUUGAUGAAAGGAAGAAGCUUGUAUCAUCACCAAAGACACGGAAUCCACUAGUUACUGUCUCUGACCUGCAGCAUGUCACCCUGAAACCCAACUCCAAAGUGCUAUCAACUCGAGUUACAAAUGUCUUAAUUACUCCUGGUAAAAGCCAGAUAGAUCUGCGGAAACUACUUAGAAAAGUUGACGUAGAGAGGAGCCCAGGUGGAACCCCACUUACGAAUAAAGAAAAUAUGGAUACAGGAACUGGACUGACUCCAGUAAUGACCCGGGCCUUGAGGAGAAAGUUUCAGAUGGCUCACCCUAGAAGCCCAACUCAAACUCUGCCACUUUCUACAAAUAGCUUUGAUGAACAAAACUGAUGUCAACUCAGCCUGACUCCGUGUGAUGAUCCA